GCUCCAUCCUGGUGUCUGUUGUGCAGCUCUAGUGUGUGUGAGACUGGGAGGUGUGUCUGGUGCAGCUGUUCUCACGGCCUCCUCCAACCAGUACCUGCCCUCCGUACUCUCCAGGGAGAACCUAUCUCCUCAGGGUCUCCAUGGUGACAUGGUGCUGGUGGCGGGCGUCAACACUGGUACGACCAAGGUCAAGGUCCGUCUGAUUCAACUAUCAGCUAUUCCUGGCACUUCAGGAUUCAUCACCAGGGCAUGUAUGACAACAGGCAUGGGAGAAGGCGUGGCAGCUAGGGUAUGGAGCCUGAUAUCAUCAAGUUACUAGUCAUUGAGAACAUGAUGCUACAACCCUCCAUGGAUAUAUGUACAUUCUGCCACGUACUGUCCUUUGUCGAGUAUCGGGUGGAGAGGCGGAAGUAUGGGAGGUCAGAGGUCAGCACCAUACCAUCAGAGCAGUAUUCAUUGGAGCUGACCAAUACAACAGUGGGGAGACUCCACUCACAGAGGUCAAGGGUCACCGGACUGGAACUUCAAUGUACGUGGUGAUCGUCCAAUCAGAAUGCUCUACCCAUGCACCCCCCCAGACCUCCUCACUACAACACAAGGACUCAGAUACUCCCUGAGUGUCAAUUUCUUCCUUUCUCUCCUCCUUCGCAAUCCACCAGAACUGACGUCUAAUGAAAUACUGCUCUUCAAUCACCCUCUAAACAAGGGCGCCCUCACUAUAACCCACGGCUCUGAUCAUUCCAUUGACUUACUUGACUGUUUGCAGCACCCAGACACUGGUGAGGUUCAUGACCUCCCGACCCUCAUAACCAAGCACCAGGUGGUGGAGAUCAACGACCCAGUGCAAGUGACCCCCAAACACCUCGUCAUUCUCUGGGACCCCCAAACAGAGUUCAAAUACCAGCACCAAUUGAAUGUUCAACGUCACUAUCCUGAGCUGUACCAAUAUUUAGAAUACAAAGUGCACGUGACUGAAUGGUCUUGUGAGGUGGAGGGGAUUGCUCACCACUAGGACCAAGGGGAAGUCCCUAGUGGUAGCCAUGGAUACCAAAAACACGGCUCACUUUGAUAAAACGGAGCCACGGGGCAGACACUGCGUUGUGACGUAUUUGUAGCCUCAAUUGAGCGUAUUGAGAUCACAACUCGUACGAGGGAGCUGCUGUUGGGGGAGGAGCCCGAGCGUUUCAGUGUGCAGGCUUUUUACGAGGAAGUCUCGUGCAUGGACAAAGAUGAUGUGUACAGUUUUGGAGUGCUUGCUUGUGAAGUGGUGAAUGCCAGAUAUCCUGAAGCUGCUGUAUUUCUUGGUUUGCUAUCGAGUAUGGAAGGUGUAUGGCGGGAGCUCCACCCACUCAUCACCUCCUGUGUCUCUCACUCCCCUCAGGACAGACCCUCCAUGGACACUGUGCUACACCACAUCAAACAAUUGGACUCUGAGUCUUAGCAUUGGUGCAUGAGUGUGUUAUUAUUAAUUUGUGUAAAGAAAUU